CGCAGACAAGAACCCUCAGCGCCCAGCGCGCGGGAGGUGUUGUCCAUCACUGGGGCUUUGUUACGUCGUCGCCUCCUCACCUGGCUGCGGGCGCGUCCUGGCAGCUGCAGCCUGGAGCCGGGUGCCAGCUGCUGCGGCCGCCGCCUCCGCCAUGGUGUCCCCGGUCACUGUGGUGAAGAGUGAGGGACCCAAGCUAGUGCCCUUCUUCAAAGCCACUUGUGUGUAUUUUGUGCUCUGGCUGCCCUCGUCCAGCCCGUCGUGGGUCAGCGCCCUCGUCAAGUGCCUGCCCAUCUUCUGCCUCUGGCUCUUCCUUCUGGCCCACGGCCUGGGAUUCCUGCUGGCCCACCCCAGUGCCACCCGCAUCUUUGUGGGGCUCAUCUUCUCUGCUCUAGGUGAUGCCUUCCUCAUCUGGCAGGACCAGGGCUACUUUGUGCACGGUCUGCUGAUGUUUGCUGUGACCCACAUGUUCUAUGCCUCGGCCUUUGGCAUGCGGCCACUGGCUCUUCGGACAGGUCUGGUGAUGGCAGUACUGUCGGGCCUGUGCUAUGCCCUCCUCUACCCAUGCCUCACGGGUGCCUUCACCUACCUGGUGGGGGUCUAUAUGGCCCUUAUCAGCUUCAUGGGCUGGCGGGCUGUGGCAGGGCUACAGCUGGUUGGGACUGCCUGGCGCUGGACUGAGCUGGCGGCGGGCAGCGGUGCACUGCUCUUUAUUGUCUCAGACCUGACCAUCGCCCUCAACAAGUUCUGCUUUCCUGUGCCCUACUCGCGGGCCCUCAUCAUGUCCACCUACUACGCCGCCCAGAUGCUCAUCGCCCUGUCAGCUGUCGAGAGCCGGGAGCCAGUGGAAGACUACAGACUGAGCAAGGCCAAAUGAGGGGCCAGGUGCUCGUCACCCCUCUCUGCUCCUGGCGCUGGGGUCCAGAACCUGGGAACCUGCAAGAGCUGGAUCAGGAUGGCUGAAGUACCAGCCUGGGGCAGCAGGUACCACCUGUGAAAUACACAAGUUUGAGGGGAUAAGCAGCAAAAAGGAUCUUUCUAGCAAAGCUAGUGGUCCAGGACAAUGCUGAGAACUAAAAAGGGCCAGCUUGAUGCUCCUUGCUGGAGCCAGAAGAAGAUAUCUCCCCACCUGUACCACCCCAUCCAGACUGUCAGAGCCCCUCUGGAGGGCCAUGGUGCUCAUCCUCUCAACCUCCCCUACUUCUACUAGGUGGAAGAGUCUAACUCGCCCACUUCCAGUCUUUCUGAUUUGCACAGAGUUGAGGGAGGAGGGGAGGAGUCUGUGCUGAGAUGACCCACGUCCAGGGCUUGAAGCCCCUUUCACAGGCCGCUAGUUGGGAAGAUUGGAUGGGGUGGAGUCUCCCUUUCCCACAUCUAUCCUUGUUACUUGAACAAUCUUAAUCUCUAAGUGUUGGGUGGGAAGGUGAAGGGGUGUCUAUCCAGGUAGGCAAGACUGGGGACUACUUUGGCCUGGGAGUUUGGGGUACCAAGGGUUCAAGUUGGUCCCAUCUCUCAAAGGCCAUCCCAGAACUCAGGCCCCACACCACCACCCUCAGACCCUAUCCCCAGGGCUAGGGUGAACCACGCCAAAGGAAGGGGCCAGCCUGUGUGUGCAUCUGUAUGUGAGUGUUUUGUGUGUAGUCUGUCUCCCAGCCUAUCUAUAUCUUACUCUGCCAGCUGUCUCUGACCUGCUGUGUGUCAAAGUCUUUUAGGGAGAGGGCCUCAGGGAGCUGCUGAGGGGUUGCUGAGCCUGGCUCAGAGAGCUGGGACGCCCCCCACAUACACACCCACUCUCAGGUCUUUCCUCCUUGCCCCUUCUGCACUGGGAGUGAGAGGAGGGGGCUCCAGUGACACUCUAGGGUCAUAAGACCCGAGGCACAUUCAAUGCAAGGGGAGCAAGGAUGGGACAACUCCAUCCUAUUGCUUGUGUGAAAAAAAAUAAAAAAUACCCAAGGGCCAUUGGCUGCUCUGCUUGUCUGCCUGUGUGGCACGUGCCUGUCUUGCAGAGGUGGGGGUGUGGGGCAUGGCACCAGGGGCCCUGGAUGUCCUCACAGCCUGGGUCACAGUCCUGGCCGGUGCAUCUUGGCGCCAGGCUGGCUCCCUGGCUCUGUUGACACUGCUGGUUGGAGCUUGUCUUACUUGCUGGUCACGUGUGUGGGUGAGGAUGUAGAUCAAGAGGAUGGGGGUUGGGUAGUAUUUGCCACCGUCCAAACUUGACCUUGAUGCACUCCCCUGUGCACAGGUGCCCAGCACCUUUGGUGACUCCUAGUUACCCAGUGUCCUCUACUGCUACCCAACUCCUCCCCUCCCCACCCCAGACCUGCCAGCUGCUCCAAGAUUCCCUUCAAGCAUCUCCUUUCUUCCUGGACUCUGGGCUCAGUUGAACAGCUGGGAGGAAUGAGAUUAGAUUGUCUGGUUCAUACUUUAGAUUUGAAGCCCUGGCAGAAUAAUGUGUCACCCCACUCCAGGGACAUUUGCAUCUUAAUGGGCAGUGCCCUGACCCAGAAGUAAAAAGGGAAGCCUUGGGUGGUGGUGAAUACGCCAUCAGUAGAGGGGUUGUACAGUUGUGGGGAUGUGAUAAAGAGACUCAAGCCCCAUAUGGGUGUUGAAUGAACCAGUGAUUUUCAAACUGGGGUUUUUACAGAGAUCCCUGCUAGUGGGAGCUAGCAAAAGAAUAAAGUAGAGGAGGGAGGCUCAAAGACCCCCUAUCCUUGUUUCAAGUCCAGUAGGUUCUUAAGAAUUUUUUUUUUUCAA